GUGGGUGCCUGGGUGGGGUUUAGGUUGAGGAGAGGAUGUGACUGCAAAGCCAGGAAGCUACGGGGAAAGUUCUUAUUAAAACGCACAAACAAAAGCCAGGUCCUCGCCGUGCUUGGCGAUGCGUCUGGGGCAGCCGUGGUGAUUUGGACUGGGCCGGGGGCCCAGCCGAGCAAACAGUUUGCUCCCAAGCACACGUGAAUGACCUCAGUGACGGACAUCCCCUCCUCAGGAGGAAAGAGCUGGAACCAGGGCCUUCCCAGGACUGCCCUCCACUCCAAAGGACUUCUGGAAGGACCCUCCGCAGCAGCCCCCCGGGAACGAGCCAGAUGCUCCACCGAUUUCUGAGGAAAUCCCAGCCCAGCCAAACCAGGGGCUUCCAGCUGAUCACGGGUCAACAUCGGGUCACCCGUGCCGAAGGAAUGGGGGGCAGGCUAAGACUCGUCCCUGCAAAGCCUCAGGGGCCCUACGGGUGGGGGGAGGGCCUGAAGGAGCCGGGGCCCUGGUGUGUCCACUUAGCAGGGAGCAGGGGGAGGACUAGGUGCCCAGUAAAUACCCGCUGGGCACCAGGGAGGAGGUGCCCAGGGCCCGGCUGCCAAGGAGUCUUCCUCAAAGGCUCUGCCACUGGGGCUUCGUGCCCCGCCGUUCAGCCCAGGUCACUGGAGAGCUUUUUGGGUCAAGAGGCAUGUGGCUGCUGCCAGUCUGGCCGGGAGUGGUCCCAGACCCCGUGGAGGAGAGAAAGGUCACCGUGGGCGGGUGGGGGCUUCCCUUGGACAACUAUAUGGACACUGUGGACAAAACUGUCUGGGUCUGAAGAUGACAAAUGGGUGGAGGCGCCAGCACAGGACCCAGAAGGAGGGCUGCCCCGUGAGACCAGCAUGACCCUCCGCUCACCCCUCCUGCCUCGACACCUCGGCCCAGUGCAGCCUCAAGUGCAGGGUUCACGCGUGCGUGGUGCACCCAGGACGGCGUCCAGAACAAAACCCCAUGGCUGGGAGUGAGGCUAAGUCAGGCAGCCCAGCACUCGAGAACCCCGAGCCCCCUGGAGCCUCGGUACAGGCUGAGUGCGGCUGUACUGCAGCCCCCCUGCCUGUGUGUGGCAGCCCUGUCCCAGGGGACCUGGGAACGAGGCCAACUCCUGGGCUCACGAGGUGUGCCGGGAGUGCUGUCCCACCCUGGGCUGUCACCGUGUCCCUGGGGCAGAUGACGUGCAGUCUAGGCUGUGCCUGGUGCUCUGGGGCCUCCACGCGGCAGCUGGGGCAGAGGCAGUGCUUCAGUGGCCAGAGUUACACGUUAACUUAUCCUGUUCUUGUUUAACUUGCUUCCGGGGAUGGCGGCAGCCUCUGACCCAUCCUGGUGCCCUGACUGACUGGCCACAAGGACAGAGAGUGAAUCCUGCCCAGCCCUUGAGGGAUCAGUCUGCUCGGCCAAGGAGCCCCGGGGAGCCGUGGGUGGCACCAGUGUCCAGCCUGCCUCGAGGAGGCCCCGGCCAGACCAUGGCAGGAGCCUGCGACAGGGCCCCUGACUUCCUCUCCCCAUCUGGAAACCAGGUCCUGUGGCCUGCCCUGGGCAGUGUGGUCACUCUGAACUGCACGGCCUCAGUGGUCUCUGGGCCCCACUGCCCCUUGCCCUCGGUCCAGUGGCUGAGAGAUGGGCUGCUGCUGGGCAAUGGAAGCCACUAUGACCUCCAUGAGGACUCCUGGGUCAAGGCCAACUGGUCAGAGAUGCUUGUGUCCAGUGUCCUGGGGAUCAACCUGACCAGUACUGAAGACUUCAGGACCUUCACCUGCUCCGUCCAGAACAUCAGCUCCUCUUCCUUCACUCUUUGGAGAGCUGGCCUGGCUGGACACGUGGCCGCGGUGCUGGCCUCACUUCUGGUCCUGCUGGUCCUGCUGCUGGCAGCGCUGCUAUACGCGAAGUGUCGACUCAAUGUACUGCUCUGGUACCAAGACACGUAUGGGGAGGUGGAGAUGAACGACGGGAAGCUCUACGACGCCUACGUCUCCUACAGCGACAGCCCCGAGGACCGGAAGUUCGUGAACUUCAUCCUGAAGCCGCAGCUGGAGCGGCGUCGGGGUUACAAGCUCUUUCUGGAGGACCGCGACCUCCUGCCGCGCGCGGAGCCGUCGGCCGACCUCCUGGUGAACCUGAGCCGCUGCCGGCGCCUCGUCGUGGUGUUGUCCGACGCCUUCCUCGGCCGGACCUGGUGCAGUCACAGCUUCCGGGAGGGCCUGUGCCGGCUGCUGGAGCUCACGCGCAGACCCAUCUUCAUCACUUUCGAGGGCCAGCGGCGCGACCCCGCACACCCUGCGCUCCGCCUGCUGCGCCAGCAUCGCCACCUGGUGACCCUGCUGAUCUGGAGGCCCGGUUCCGUGACACCUUCCUCCGAUUUUUGGAAAGAGCUACAGUUGGCAUUGCCACGGAAGGUGCAGUACAGAGCGAUGGAGGGAGACCCCCAGACCCGGCUGCAGGAUGACAAGGACCCCAUGCUGAUUGUGGGAGGCCGGGUCCCAGAGGGUCGGACCCUGGACCCGGAGCUGGACCCUGACCCUGAGGGGGACUUGGGUGUACGAGGGCCUGUCUUUGGGGAGCCAGCAGCUCCACCGCAUGCAAGUGGGGUCUCGCUUGGAGAGGGCCAAGGCAGUGAAGUGGAUGUGUCGGACCUUGGCUCCCGAAACUACAGUGCCCGCACGGACUUCUACUGCCUGGUGUCGGAGGAUGACGUGUAGCCCCUGCACCCUGGAGCAGCAGGUUCACCAGGGACAGCUGGGGCAGGGCUGGGGUGGGUUUUUUUUCCCACUCAGCAGGACCACGAGCCCUGUCUACCUGCAGCCUUGGGACCUCGGGGAAGGAGAGUGGGCCCAGCGACCCUCCUUGUGCCAGAAAUAAAGUCCUUUGGAAUCCUG